UGUACUACACUGCUCAACUUUGAAAGAAUGUCUGUCACAAGUAUUUAGUCACAUUAGAAUAUACAGAUGUAUUUAGUGGCUGUUUUAAGACUGUUAUAAAAAUACAACAAAUUUAUAAUUAAUAAUAAUUAAAAAUAAUAUUGUUGCUGCCAUAAAAGAAUUACACAAUUCUUAUCAUUUUUCUUAUAUUGCGAAAACCAUCUUUAAUCAUUUUGACGUAUUGUCAACAUCUGUCAUAGCAAGAAAUAUUGUUUAAAUAUUAUUUAAUUGACAUUACAUGUAUAUAUAUUUUAUUGUUCAUAAAGAACGAAGUUAAUUAUUGUUCAUUAACUGAAAGAUUUUAAUUAAGAAGUCUUUGUCUUAUAAUUAUUUAAUGGGGAAUGAAAAAAGUACUCUUAAUGGGAUUGAGAUAGAUGAAAAGGUUAUUGAGAUCACAGAUUUUUGGACACAAUAUAGUGCAACUGUUCAAAACUAUAAUUCUCAGAAAGUAUCAGUUUUUAUUAGUGAACCUUCUUUACAUUAUACUGCAAGUUUUGGAAAACCAACUCCAUUAGAAAGAAUAGCAAAGAAUUUGAUGUUACACCGCCAUCCAUGUAUCUUAAGGUAUAUUUCUUCAUGGCAUAAAGGUAGUAAAUAUUUUUUAUGUACAGAAGAGGCAAGACCUUUGGUACAAGUAAUCGAUGCACAAAAUGCUCUUCAAAUUUGUGUUGGUUUAUACAGCAUUGCUUGUGCAUUAGUAUUUCUUCACGAAAAAGCAUUAGCAUCGCACAACAAUGUAUGCAGUGGUUCCAUUUAUAUUACACCUGAAGGAUGUUGGAAAUUAGGUGGAUUUGAAUAUCUUUGUAAAUUUUCUGAAGCAACAUCAACUUACUAUCAGAAAAUAAGAAAUUAUAGAUAUCAAAGAGCAACUUGUUCCAAUGAGGAUAUAAAUGCAUUAAUCGAUUCAGGAAAUCUUUCUUCUAUUGAUGUUUAUGCAUUUGGAAUAUUAGCCGAAGAUAUUUUAAAAUUAAAACAUGCAGACAAUAUACCAGCUUUAACUGAAUUUCAAGAAUUUUGUAAAGAAAAUCUACAAAACGUAGAUGCAUCUUUAAGAUGUAAAUUGACCAAAGUUCUUCAACAUCCUUUUUUCACACAUGAUUUUAUAAAAAUACAUGGCUUUCUUGAAGAAUUACCUUUAAAAACUAAUGAAGAAAAAGAAGCAUUUUUCACAAAUUUAGUAAAUGAUUUAAAAGCUUUUCCUGAAGAUGUUGUAGCUGAACAACUUGGUCGUUCUUUGUUAUCAAGAAUAGUUUUGUUAGAUCAAACGGCACAAGUGAAAUUUUUACCCUAUGUAUUAAAACCAAGAGAUGAAAAUGAUGAUAUAGAAAACAGUGUGUUUUCUACUCCAGUUUUUAAGACUUAUUUAGUACCCAGACUUUUACAAAUGUUUUGUAUAAGAGAUGUUUCUAUUCGUUUAUUACUUCUACUACAUUUCAAAUCAUAUGUACAUACAUUUCAAACUGAUGAAUUGAAAUCACAAAUCUUACCUGAAUUAUUAGUUGGAAUAAAAGAUACCAAUGAUCAUCUUGUUUGUGCUACGUUAAAGGCAUUAGCUGAAGUAGUAUCUAUCUUAGGAGCAGCAACAGUAAUUGGUGGAAAAAGAGCUAAGUUAUUUACAGAUGGACGACCAAAUAAAAUGAAAGAACGAAAAGAAAAUAAGAUUACAUCUACUACUAAAAAUAAUAACACUGACACAAUUGCUCCAAUAGAUAUGAAUGAAAUAGAAUUACAUUUACCAGAACGUCUAUCUCCAGAUGGUGGAGAAGAUAAAAAAGAAUCAUCAUUUGCAUUUGCCGAUGAAGAAAGUACUUGGUCUGACUGGGAUACUCAUGAUGCAAAUGUAGAUUCUAACCAAUCAAAUGUACAAAAUAUACAACAGAUAACACAAAUAGAAACUCCAAAUGUUGAAAAUGUAUCGGUCUCACCAUCAAGUAUAACUAAAAAUGAAGUAAAUAAAUACACACAAAAAAUAGAAAUGUCAGAUAUUUCUCAAUUGGAUAUAAAGCAUUCAAAAUCAAUGAAAAGUACUGUAGAUGAUUUUGAUUUUUUCACGGAUAUGGAACCUAUAAUAAAAAAGACACAUGUCUUGCAUGUACAAGAGAAAAGCAUAUUUGAUGUAAAACUAUCUAAUACAACGUUACAAGAGUCUGAAGAAAAUGGAUGGAGUGAACAUUUAGGUGACUGGGAUAUAGAAGAUACUAAAGAAUUAAAUUUUUAAUUAAAUCUUUUUAAGUUAUACAAAAAUAUUUGUUAUUAAUAUAAAUAUAUAUAUAAAAUAAUACCUACAUAGCAUCUAACUAAAAGCUUUUUAAUUAUUAACUCUACAAAUAUUAAUAUGGAAUUUAUUUUUUUAAAUGCGAAUAAUAUAUU